AUGGAUUCAGACAGUUAGUUUUAAUGGUUUGAGUUUGAAACCAAGACUAGAAAGCUUAUCAAAGAUGUCAUGAUCAGUUACGACAUUCAAAUGAAAGAAGAUCAAUCAAGGAUUAUUAGAAUUGAGAAAGAACUAAGGGAUAAUGAGGUUAGACUCAAGGAAAUUGAGUUUUUGCUAUACAAAUCAGAUGAUAAAGAGAGCAGAUUCGAUGAGAUUCACAAAGCUCUCAGCGAGAUGGAAUAAAUGCUUGAAGGAGCAAUACUUAACUAUGAAAAGAUUGACAGACAUCUAAAGGAAUUCAAAUAAGAGAGUUUACACGAGAUUAAGACUAAUUUAGAUGCUCAUACUGAGUUUCUUAAGUAAAAAGGUGAUGAGAUAAGUGUGAUGAAGCUCAAAGUUAUUUAGAUUGAACCAAAAAUUCAAAACCAUGCCAUUGAAAUAAAAAGACUUGAUGAAGUUGAUUAGAAACAGUAACUUAAUAUAAAUGAGAUACUUGAAGAUGUGAAAAACGUACUAAGGGACAAGCUCAACCAGAUAGAAUUUAAUGACUUCAGGGUUGUUAUGGAGAAUCAUAUGAGAGAGCUUACAGAGAACUACGGACUCUAAGUAGAUAGAAUGCUUAAUAAUGAGAACUAUCUAGAAAAGUAUACACCAAUUUAUACCCAGAGAAUGAUCAAUGAAACGCUUGAAUAUGUUGUAAAAAGAACUGAAAAGAAAAAGCUUCUAAAAUUCAACGAGAUCAAGAUGCCAAUGCUUCUGUAGCCUAUAUUUGAUGACUCAGGAAUUCCUAAUCUCCUAUCUUGGCAAAAGAAAUUCCAUCACCAGAUCAUGGAAGGACUCAUUACAGAGCAACAGAAGUUUAUGAAAAAUGCUAUGGGCAAUGAAAAGGAUAGAUAGAAGGCAAAAUGGUAGGUCUAAAGCAAGUAGCCCACUGGCAGUUAAUUACACAACUAUAAAAACUUUCCAGAAAUAAAGGAUGCAAAUAUGGACAAAGAAUCACGGCAGUAGUCAAGAUAUAGGAAGAUGAGUUUCAUUAAUAGAUAGAGUGAGAUGAGCGGAGGUUUCGUCUUUUCAGCAUUAAAUAGAGAUUCAGUUGAAUAGCCUAAUCCAGCAGACUACAAAGGGCCUUAUAAACUUAACAACCCAGAUAUUAAGGGUCUAGAAGAAGAAAGAAAGAAUAUGACUGAGGAUUAAAGAAAGAAAAUUCUAUUGGGUGACCUAUAUAAGGAAGAUUCUCAUUCUGAAGGUGAUAAGGAUAAUGACAAUAAUUUUGAUAAUAUGGAGAUCCCAGAGGAAGACUUCCAGGAUGAUAGCUAUGACUUUGAGCAACAAAUCAAGAAAGAGAUAGAUGAGCUAGUGAACCAAAAGCUGGAAACAUUUGAACUUAGGAUUAAAUACCUUAUUAAUCAGCACGAGUAGUAGUGUAAAGAUGAUUUUAAGAUGUAUGAAGAUCAUGUGAGAGAACAAGUGACUAAAACGACUUAAUAUGUUCAAGAGGUGCAUGCUAAUCACAUUGUAGAAAUUCAGAGUAUGAAAAAAGAGAAAACUGAUUAAACUCUUAUCAAUCAAAUGAUAGUCAAGAAGAUCUAAGGCAUAGAACAGCUCUAAGAAAAAUAAAAGCUACUCAAUGAUUAAUACCAAUAAUUUGUAAUAUAAAGGCAAUUCAUAAAUUUAUAGGGUCAUUGUCUAGAGAAUUUCGUCUCGAUAUUCAAGGCUAUAGAAAUGGCAGAUAAUACAUUUGUUUACAACCUAGAUACUACUAAUGUAAAUUUGGAUAUGGGCAUGAGUUCGAAUUUGUAUACAAUUAGUCAAGAUACAGUUAUUGAGAAUGUAAAUUUAAAUCCAAAGUUUAGCGGCAACAUUCAACAAGUUCAUUAAAGUCAAAGUAAUGGAAACAAUAUUGCUUAAGGCAAUGUAAGUGGAAAUGGAAUAAUAACUUAAAGUUCAAUAUUCUAAGAACAUGGCUCAGGAAAGAAAAACGCUUAGACUUCUACUAUUAACCAUGAUAGAUCAAUAUCUUAGACAUCUAACUUUAAUAUCAGCUAAAAUCAUGAUUAUCACCAGAAUGUUCAUACUCCCUAGCUUGGAAAUUAAAAUCUUAAAGUCAAGAAAAUCAAUACUGACAAGAAUAAGAUGCAUAUUACUGAAGUAAGAUUAAAAUUAUAAAAUAUGAUUUAGAACAUGAUAUCAGCUAUACAUAAUGUAAUGCAGUAGAAGAGAAAUUAUACAAUCUAAAUUACCCAUCAUAAUGGUGACUCGCAUAGACUUCAGAGAAAUGAAUUGAUUCACGAGUAUCAUAAGAUAGAGUUACUUGUUGAACAAGCCUUGAAUCACAUCAAUUUCAUUAAUUAAGGUGAGCAUGCAAGAGUCAUCAAGAAAAAUAUCUUUUAAAUUUCAAAGACAAGGUAGCCUUCCCCCAACACAAGUGAUGAUGAACUCAAUAUAAACAAAAUCAUGGACAAGAAGCUUAAUGAAUCAGUAUUGGUUUAAGGAACUGGGGCAGGAGUUCUAGGACCUUUGAGCUACAUGAAAAUGAAGAAACAGAGUUUGAAAGAGACGAGAAGCAACUUAAACAACACACUAACUUAAAAUAGCACAAUAUCUGAGAGGAGACAGUCCUAGAAUCAGACUAAAAUUAUCAGAAAAGGGCCAAAGGGGCUCUCAAGAAUAGAAGAAAGUGAAAGCAGUCACCAUUAUCACACCCUAGGCGGUAUUAUAUUCCCAUAAACAUCCAAGAAAUAAAAUCCCUAUGGAAUGUUUAACUUUGAGGAUUCCUCUACAAAUAUGCCAACGAUUUAAUCAGGACCUAAUAACCCUGGUAAUAAUACUAUAGUGGUUUAAGAUACAAAUGAUAAGGCAAUUCAAAAUGUCCUCCCUUUCAUAAAUAUGGGAAACAAGAGAAGUGAAUGA